AUGACUAAUUCAUCUAGGAUCCUAGUACUUGCCUCUCUACUGGCUGUGCACUCUGUUACCUCAGCCCAGCAGGUUCAUCAACAUACAAUGGACCACUAUAAAACUUUAUUUGAGGAGGAAAACCCAAUAGUUACUGCUGAUGAUGUAAAUGCUGACCCUGACCUUUAUAAAACCUUUUAAUAAAUUGUAAAUUAAAAUGGCUUCGCCUAUGAGGAACACACUGUUACCACUUAAGAUGGAUAUAUUUUGAAAGUUUUCAGAAUUCCAGGAAUUUCAGGAGAAGCUUCAAAUGGCAAAAAGGUAGCAUUCAUGUAACAUGGCAUCCUUGACUCAGCUGACUGCUGGGUGACUCAUAAUUCUGCUGUUGCUCCAGCCUUCCAAAUGGCAAGAGCUGGGUAUGAUGUUUGGUUCGGUAAUUCUAGAGGUAAUAAAUACUCUCACAGUCACAGAAAUCCUUCUAUCUCAAACUAUGAUUACUGGCAGUUCUCAUUUGCAGAGAUGGGAAAAGGUGAUCUACCAGCUGUUAUCAACUACGUUAGAGCUGUUACUGGCUAAGAUAAACUUGCCUAUAUCGGUCACUCCCAAGGUACAUCUCAAAUGUACUAUGCUCUUGCAACUAAUGAAGCAUUCUUCGCAGAUAAGAUAAGCGUUUUCAUUGCACUUGGUCCAGUCAUGAAACUAACUCAUUGUAAAUCAAACCUUCUUCAAAUAGUCUCCUCCAAUGAUGCUCUAUUACUCGAUACUUGCAAGGCACUCGGCAUUUAUGAGUUUUUCCCAGCUAACUGGCUCACAACUGGUGCAAUGAGACUAUUGUGCGGUACACUCCCAUCCUUGUGCGCUCUUGGAAAUUACUUAAUUGCAGAUGAGGAUUUAUCUCAAGAUGAUUCUGAUAGAUUGACUGUUUAUUUCGGCCAUUUCCCAUCAGGAACGAGUCUUAGAUGCCUCGAGCAUUACUCACAAAUCUUAAAAUCUGACAAUUUCUAAGAUUUUGACUAUGGAACGGCUGGAAAUAACUAGCACUAUGGAACUCCAAAUCCACCACAAAUUAACCUCUAGGGAAUUUCAAAGGUCCCUAUUGCAAUGUUUGUUGGAUAAAAUGAUGAGUUGGCAACUUCGAUUGAUAAUGAAUGGGCAAAGACUUAACUUAACACCUUAGUUUUCUAUUAAGAGUAUCCUCUCGGUCAUCUUUCCUUCAUGGUUGGAAAAGAUAUGUCGUACUUCAACGAUGUUUUAUCAACUCUUAAAAAGUAUCACCCAGCAUGA